AACAAUAUAGGUUUACAAACAAUCCAAGCAUUUCAAUCUUCACCAGGACGCGAGAGAUCGCGAUAAACUGUCGGUUCAAUAAUGAGCAUAAAUGGAUUAAUAGCUGUAUGUUUCUUGUUAGCAGUCACCAAAGGUGGUGUCAUUUACGUUGACAAAGGUAUCCCUUAUGAUGAUGGGAAAUUGUCAUCAGCAGAGCUUACCAUUGAAGUCACUACUGACGCUAGUCCUAAACAUGUCAAAGUGUACUUCCCACUCGGACCAGGUGAAUUCCCAGUGAUAUAUUUCAUCGGAGGUCUGAGUGCAUAUGUGCCUGCUGAAGCCUAUAGCAUCGUGCUGUCGAAAGUGGCAAAGCACGGGUUCUUCGUGCUCGGGAUAGACUAUGGUUAUCCUGUAUCGGCCGCUUUAGGAGAGGAUUUGGACGUAUAUUUCCAGGAACUAUAUUUUCUGCAGAAGUACCUGGUCAACAAGACUUCCGGUAUUCCACGAUGGGACCUCACGGGGCUAGCCUGCCACUCAGCCGGAUGCGACACCGCAUUGAAAAUGUUAGAAAUGCAAAAGUUUCCAUUUAAAGCAAGCGCCUUCAUGGAACCGUACAGCCAGCUGGUCCACGGGACAAAACUCAUGAACUACACGGUGCCCUCCCUUAUGUAUGGUACCCAACUCUCAGAGGACGGUUUCCCGCACUGCAACGUGCGCGGAUACGACUACAUACAGUUUUACAAUGUAUGGAAAUGUCCCAAGGUCGCUCUGGAAGUAGCAGAUUUUGGACAUUGCGACUUCCUGGAUCCUGUUGCAUGGGAAGGAUGUCACAUAACACACUUUUGCAAGACAACCAACAACACGCGUCUGGAUCAUUACAGACAGACUGUUCAAGGUGUCAUAUCCGCUUUCUUCGAAACGACGUUACAGGGACGCCAUGACGUCAUCGAUUAUAUCACAAACACAACCAAUAUUCCUACUAAGGUGUUGAAUAGCAAAAGUGACUGGACUUGUGGAUAUAAAUCAUAAGUACAAGUGUUAUGAAUAUAUUUGUAUUUUUUUCUUCAGGUUAAUGACGUUAACGUAACGGUAUUGCACUAUCCAUGACGCCACACGUUUAAUAACAUUACCGCCGUGAUAUUUUUUAUGUUGAAUAAAACAAUAACGAAAAAGGC